UAAUAGUCACUCACAACACAGCAAAACUGAGAACAGUACACUUUGAAGACCCUUGGCUAUGGCGGCAUCUUCCACCAACGAACAUCCUCCAACUGAAACCCUAACCUCCCUUACUCACUCUGUCUCAACGGACGUACAUGAUUCAAUCAAGGACCACCACCAACCUCAAGCCCAACCGUCUGACGCUGCAUUAACCGAUGAGAUCCCUCCCGGCGAGAAGCGCAAGAGGGAGGAGGACCAGGAGCAGGACCCUGGUCCUAACCCUUUGGCCAGUCCCCUCUGGAAGACCAGCCUCUGCUCCUUCUUCCGCCGCCAGUCGGGCUCUUGCAGCCACGGCAGUACGUGCCGCUACGCUCACGGCGAGGAGGAGCUGCGCCAGCGUCCGGACAGUACGUGGGACCCCACCUCGGAGCAUGCGAAGAAGGUACAGAAGAAAUCUGAGGACGAAGAGAAACCCGUGGCCUCGAUUUCGAAUGAGGUAAUGAUGACGGAGACUGUGGGCGGCGAUGGGGAUGAGGAUGGCGAUGGCGUUGGUGAUGGAUUGGACCCUGGGCUUAGCAAAUGCUUAGUUCAUUUACCCAGAAAUUGGAGGACCGAGACUCUUAAGAGCUUUCUUGGUGAGCAGGGAAUUCCUUUUAAAUCUUCAAAGAAGAAGAAAGGCAUGACUGUAGGUUUUGUGAGUUUCGAAAGUGUGGAACAGUUAAAAACUGCUAUGGAGCAAUUGGAAGGGAAGUCCAUUGGGAACAAAAGUAUAAAGGUUGCAGAUGUCAUUCCUCGAUCAUUUGAGAAGAAUAUUAAACCAACAACUGCUUUCCCGCAAAACGGCCAGGAAACUGGCAAACCUGCAAUAUCUGGCGAUGAUGGGGAUAUCUCUGUUACCUUAAAUGGGGUUCAGAGUGUUGAUGGUAAUGAAGACAAUUCAACACCUAACGGUUUGGUGUCUACCGGAAGAAGUGUUAGAGAUGUAGUGACUCCCCUUGCCCAUAUGACCUACAGUGAUCAGUUGGAGCUAAAAAAGAUGUCUAAUAUGCAGAUUCUCAAAAAACUUACUAGAAAUGCACGUAAAGCUUGUCCUAAUGGUGUUUCACUUCCAGAAUGGAUUCUCAAGUCUAGGGAAAUAGGUGGUCUUCCAUGCAAUUUAGAAGGUAUACUACCAUCUCCACUUGUAAAUGGAUACCGUAACAAGUGCGAGUUUUCUGUUGGAUAUUCUCUUCAGGGAAAAAUAACAGUGGGCUUUAUGCUUGGAAAUUUCAGGGAGGGUGUGACGGCAGUUGAAGAACCUAUAAACUGCCCUAAUGUUUCUACAAUCGCUUGCAAAUAUGCUUCAAUCUUUCAGGAGUUUCUUCAGCAUUCAGACUUACCUGUUUGGAACCGAUUUAAGAAUACUGGCUUUUGGCGUCAAUUAACGGUUCGAGAAGGAAGGAGACCAGAAACAACUGCUGAUUCUGAAAACCCGGAGGCCAACAUUGCCGAGGUCUUACUUAUGGUUCAGGUUUCCACCAUGAGCUUUGAUGAUACAUUGGUAGCUAGUCAAUUUGAGAAACUUGCUCGAGCAUUUUCCGCAGGAGCUGCAGCAAAUUCUCCUUCUUUGCCUCUUACAGCUUUAGUUGUUCAGGAUCAUCAAGGAAUAUCAAAUGUUGCACCAGCUGAUGCACCACUACGGCAACUCCCAUUGGUUAAAGAGCCAGAUGUUCCUGAAAUGGAAGCAGACAAAAAUCUUGUAGAGCCAAGAAUUCAUGAUUAUAUAAGCAAUCUUAAAUUCUGUAUCUCACCUACAGCUUUCUUUCAGGUUAAUUCCCUUGCUGCUGAAAAGCUUUACUCGCUUGCUGGGGAUUGGGCAGGUUUGGGUCCUGAUACUUUGCUAUUUGAUAUCUGCUGUGGAACUGGAACAAUUGGGCUGACCUUAGCACAUCGUGUGGGUAUGGUUGUGGGUGUUGAAAUGAAUGCUUCUGCAGUUUCUGAUGCUCACAGAAAUGCUGAAAUCAAUGGCAUAAAAAAUUGUAGAUUUGUUUGUGCGAAGGCAGAAGAUGUUAUGGGGUCAUUGUUGAAGGAGUACAUGAGUGCCACUCAGCUACAAGAUGAGUUUCAAAUAUCUGAAGGGGAUGUUGAAGUAAGUUCAAUAACUGAAGAAAAAGAUAUCUUGGUGGACAAUGCAGAGGAUCCUGAAAGGAGCUCAUGUCACUCAUCAGACAACAUACAAGAGCCUGGAGAGAGCUCUAGCCAAGAGCUGCAGAAUGUUAUUAUUGCAUCUGAAUGUUUAGAUAGAGGCCCUCAGGAACCAGAUAGCCAACUUCAAAGCAAUUGCCCUUCUGAAAAUGGGAAUCCUCUGGUGCAGCGUUUCAAAAAUGUUGUCGCCAUUGUUGAUCCUCCUCGUGGUGGGCUUCAUCCCACUGUGAUCAAAGUUAUAAGAACCAAUCCACUUUUACGAAGACUUGUUUACAUUUCCUGCAACCCUGAGAGCUUAGUGGCUAAUGCUAUUGAGCUCUGCACACCAUCUGCUGAGAAAAUCGAGAAAGGAAAUAAGAACAACAGAGGAUGGAGAAACAUGAGUGCUGCUGGUCUAGCCCGACACAGGGCCAAGUCGAUGCCCAAUUCCGAGCCCUUCCGACCUGUAAAAUCCAUGGCUGUUGAUCUUUUCCCGCACACUGUUCACUGCGAAAUGGUGAUGCUACUAGAGAGAUAGUCCUAUCGUUCCAAUAGGUUUUGCUAACAAUUGCCUGUUUACUAAGCUUUUGUCACGAACUGCUUCAGUUUAUUCAUAGGUUCAUCUGCCAAUUUUGUAUUGAUUGUUGUAUUUAUUUAUGCUUUACCAGAGUACCACUCAUACAGGCCUUUAAAAUGUUUUAUAUAUAAAUUCGUAUGGACUGUUGUCA